AUGGUGUCUGAAAAAGACGCUGGUACAGCCUCGAAGACAAUCUCCAGCAGUGACACAGACGAAGUCUCUGAUGGCUGGUGUGACCGGGUUAUCGACAGGAUGAAGCGCUCGGAAGAAAUAAGCGCCGUCUACGCCACUGCAUCCGGUAUACCCAAUGCCCCCAAAGAAGAAGAUCAUCUUUCCGACUAUGUUGCAAAAAUGAAGAACCUUCGCGCCCAACGUCGCCUCCAAGAGACUGGAAGACAAGCUGGUCGGAGAGUCAAGAAAGAUCAUACAGAGUCUGGAGAGAACGAAGUGAGCUGGCUCAGCGACGAAGAGCUGGUCACAAGGGCUUUCGUCCACCCCAAGGGAUGUGAGACGGAUGGGUGCGCUGAGCGACGACUCACAGGAGAGGCAUUGAGAGCAAUGGAGAGGGUUUAUCGUGGUCCGUUGAAUGAUGACAGCAUUGUUCACGCCACGUCGGACUCAGAUGCUGAAGAUGUCAGGAUGCUGAAAGCGCUUAAUCGUGUGGCCCUUCCUCAGCACAUGUUCUCGACCCCGUCGCCUUAUAAAAAGCUCAUGAAAUUCACCGCAUCAAGUAAACCGGUCCCUUUUCCACUCCGUGUCCAGCUCCAUAACCUCAAAAAUGGACGCUCCCACUUACAGGCGAAGAGCUUCAUGGCUUUGAAGAAUUGGAAGAAGGUUAUACAAAUAACAUCAGUGACGUCCCCACACUCUUCGAGGCACACCAACGCCAUUCAUUGCCACAGGAAGUUGCGAGCCUACAUGAAGAAGAAGGGGUGGUUGACGCGUAAAUAG